CACAGCCCUAUAAGAGCACGGGGCUCCUCGGGCGGCAAGGAGCAGAGCGAUGGAGCAGCGUGCGGUGGCCAUGGCCAUCGGGCCCGCAGUGCUGGCCAUCGCCUUCCUGGGCGCCGUAGCCUCCGCCCCCGACACCUGUCCAGAGGUGAGGCUGGUGGGUCUGGAGGGCUCCGACAAGCUCUCCAUCCUUCGAGGCUGCCCAGGGCUGCCCGGACCCGCAGGGUCCAAAGGAGAAGCAGGCGCCAGUGGACAGAAGGGGGAACGAGGUUCUCCCGGAGUCCCUGGGAAGGCAGGGCCGGCCGGGCCCAAAGGUACCAAAGGAGACCAAGGGGAAAAGGGCACGGGCGGAGAGAAAGGAGAGCCGGGGCAGCUUCAUUUCUGUGCCACAGGUCCCAGGACCUCGGCCUGGAAGGAGCUGCUCGCCAGGGGGCACCUUCCGCGUGGCUAGCACACCAUCUACCUGCCCGACUGCCGGCCCCUGGCCGUGCUCUGUGACAUGGACGUGGGCGGCGCGGGGUGGACCGUUUUCCAGCGAAGGAGUGACGGCUCCGUGGACUUCUACCGGGACUGGACCGCGUACAAGCAGGGCUUCGGCAGUCAGCUGGGAGAGUUCUGGCUGGGGAAUGACAACAUCCACGCCCUGACCGCCCAGGGAGACAGCGAGCUCCGGGUAGUCCUCAUGGACUUUGAGGGCAACCACGAAUUUGCCAAGUACCAGUCAUUCAAGAUGGCGGGUGAGGCAGAGAAGUACAAGCUGGCCCUGGGAGCCUUUGUCGAGGGCAGCGCAGGUGAUUCCCUGACGUCCCACAACAACCACGCCUUCUCCACCAAAGACCAAGACAACGACAAAAAUACUGCAAAUUGUGCGGUGCAGUACCAGGGGGCCUGGUGGUACAACAAUUGUCAUGUGUCAAACCUGAACGGUCGCUACCUUGGGGGGCCCCACGAGAGCUUUGCAAACGGCAUCAACUGGAGGUCAGGGAAGGGGUACAACUACAGCUACAAGGUGUCGGAGAUGAAGGUGCGGGCCACCUAGGGCGGGGCCGGCCGGCCAGAGCCUCUGGGAGCAGCUCCCUCUGCACACAGCCCGGCGGGGCAGCUGGUCCAGAGCCCUCCCCAGGAAGGUGCUGCGGACCUCCGCGUCACUAUCCUCAUGGGAGCAGAAGAGCCGCAUCCUGUGCCCUGGGCAGGAGGCUCUCGCUCUGUGCCUCCACUGACUUUCAACCCUUCUGUCCCACUCACGAGGAUAAGAGAAAAUGCUACUCCAGAUCUUGCCAGACACACA